UGAACAGAAUAAUGUUUUGUAAAACAUGGCUAGUUUCUUAAUUGUUAGAGGACUAAUAUUUUGGUUUGCUUUUUAAAUCCACAUUACUAAAUGAGUAAUUGGUGCUAUUAUCUGUAAUUUUUGUUUAAUUUUAGUCUAAUAAAUGUGCUGCAGUUCCCUGACAUCAGGAAACAACGACUGUAUUUCGAAAUCGCGUUUUUAAAUUGGUUAGUGUUUUUGGCUGUGUCGCAUUCCGUACUAGCUGAUUCACAUCAUGACAAUCACCUGAUGGAAACAAGCUUGCAAAGACUUUUCUUCAGUGUUUUCAGAGCUCGUAGACCUUGGAAGACAGCACUGCUAUCAUGCCUACUUCCGCUCCAAUCCUUAACUGUGUGCAGAAGCUUGUUCUGUAUGAAACAAGAGCUAGGUAUUUCCUUGUUGGAAGCAAUCAGGCAGAAACCAAAUACCGUGUUUUGAAAAUUGAUCGCACAGAACCCAAGGAUUUGGUUAUUAUUGAUGAUAAGCAUGUGUACAACCAACAAGAAGUGAGGGAACUUCUCGGGCGCUUAGAUUUGGGGAACCGGACAAAAAUCGGACAGAAAGGAUCUUCGGGACUGUCGAGGUCUGUUUCUGCUUUUGGCAUUGUUGGUUUUGUACGUUUUUUAGAAGGCUAUUACAUUGUGUUGAUUACAAAACGAAGAAAGAUGGCUGAUAUAGGAGGGCAUUCAAUCUAUAAAAUUGAAGAUACUAAUAUGAUCUACAUUCCAAAUGACUCGGUCAGAGUUGCACAUCCUGAUGAAGCCAGAUAUGGGAGGAUUUUCCAAAAUGUUGAUCUGUCCAGCAACUUUUACUUCAGCUACAGCUAUGACUUGAGCCAUUCCCUGCAGUACAAUCUCACAGUCCUGAAGAUGCCCAGUGAGAUGCUGAAGACGGAGGAGGUCUCAACACAGAGUCGACAGGACAGCUUUGAUAUCUUCGAAGAUGAAGGUUUACCUACACAAGUGGUUUAUGGCAUCAGCAACGAACCCUAUGCAAAAUAUGUGUGGAAUGCCCAGCUGCUGGAAAAAAUCAAAGAUAAUGUGCAUCCAGACUGGCUUUUGUAUGUCAUUCAUGGAUUCUGUGGGCAGUCCAAGCUGCUGAUAUAUGGUCGACCAGUUCACGUCACCCUGAUUGCCAGAAGAUCGAGCAAGUUUGCUGGAACACGUUUCCUGAAGAGAGGAGCCAACUGCGAGGGGGACGUAGCUAAUGAAGUAGAAACAGAACAGAUAAUCCAUGAUGCAUCAGUGAUGUCCUUUACUGCCGGGAGUUACUCUUCUUAUGUCCAAGUCCGAGGUUCUGUCCCUCUGUAUUGGUCUCAGGACAUUUCCACCAUGAUGCCCAAACCACCCAUUAGAUUGGACCAAGCAGACCCCUACGCCCACGUAGCAGCACUCCACUUUGACCAGAUGCUUCAGAGGUUCGGGUCUCCAAUAAUUAUACUGAAUCUAGUCAAGAAACGUGAGAAGCGGAAGCAUGAAAACAUCCUGAGUGAAGAGCUUUAUCCUGCCGUGACGUACCUCAACCAGUUUCUGCCUCCGGAGCACCACAUCGAUUACAUUGCCUGGGACAUGGCCAGAUACACAAAGAGCAAACUGUGCAAUGUGCUGGAUCGUCUCAGCUUAAUAGCAGAAAAUGUAGUAAAAAGAACAGGGUUCUUUGUAAAUCGCCCAGAUUUCUACUGUAACACAGCAAGGCCUGAUGAAAGGUGGGGUGACCUUGGGGGUUAUUCUACAGCCAGCGGUCGUAUGCAGACUGGUGUUUUGCGGACUAAUUGUGUGGACUGUCUGGAUCGUACCAAUACUGCCCAGUUCAUGGUUGGGAAGUGUGCUUUGGCAUACCAGCUUUAUACCCUGGGCAUGAUCGACAAGCCUAGGUUACAGUUUGAUACGGACUGUGUCAGACUGUUUGAAGAGCUGUAUGAAGACCACGGGGACACACUGUCUCUGCAGUAUGGGGGCUCUCAGCUCGUCCACAGAGUGAAAACCUACAGAAAGAUUGCACCCUGGACCCAGCAUUCGAAAGACAUCAUGCAGACCCUCUCCCGAUACUACAGCAAUGCAUUCUCAGAUGCUGACAGACAGGACGCCAUAAAUCUAUUUCUGCAAGUGUUUCAGCCUUCUGAAUCUAAACCUCACCUCUGGGAGCUCCCCACUGAUUUCUAUCUGCAUCACAAGAACACCAUGGUGCUUCCUCUUGAAAGACGAAGUUACACUUACUGGUGGACAGGAGGGAUAUUAUCAUAUCUCCCAUUACCCUUUGAUGAAGUCCCAUGUGAGGAGAACAAAAAGAAGUUGACUGUAAGGAGACUCAACAAAUACGAUGAAAGCAUUGAUACCUAUACAGAAUUCUUUAGACCCUAUGAGCUGAGUUGUUUUGAUGACACCUUCUGCCUGGCUAUGACUAAUUCAGCACGGGAGUUCAUGCCGAAGACUGUUGGAAUUGACCCAAGCCCAUUCACUGUUCGCAAACCCGAGGAGACUGGGAAAUCAGUGUUAGGUAACAAGAGCAACAAGGAGGAAACGAUUUUGCAGCGCAAGACAGCAGCCAGUGCCCCGCCCCCGCCCAGUGAGGAGGCCAUCUCGAGCAGCUCUGAUGACGACUCUGGAACCGACAAGGAGGAAGAGGGAGCUCCAUCCCAGCGAUCCACUCCAGUCAAACUCACAGAGGUGGGAGACAGCGCCAGAAUGCAGGAGGACUUUAUACAUCAACCCAUGAGGGAAGCGUACGGGCUAAAUCUCUUGGAGUUCCCUUCAGAAGACGAUUUAUUGAUCUACAAGCGGUUCGUUCACCUCGGUCAAAAUCAGCAUAAAGUAGAGAGGAGCAGCCAGCAGAAGACUGAUUCAAGAUACUUUGAGAAUGUCAUUAGCCUGAACCAUAUAUCAUAUUUCCCCAACGACAGUAUAUACGAGACUCAGGAGCCGAAAGUGGACAGGAAAUCCAGGGAGAUCUUUGAAAGCCACGUUCAAGCUGGAAGAGGUCUGGUGCAGUCACUUUGCAAGGAUGAUAUCCUGAUGUACAGGGAGUACAUCCGGAACAGAUGCAUGUAGAACAAAAAACUUUCCGUGGGACUAGCUGCACACUGUCAUCAUGCAACCUUGAUACAGUUUCUCAAUGUCUGCUCAUCGCAGUCCUUCAGCACCAACUGUUUCUGAAUGUGUUAAUCUUGUUUUACUAAACUCAUUUUUCAGAAUGUGUGGUUGUGGAUUUUGCUUGCAAAUAAACUUAUGUUAAUCUGU